CCCAUGCUCAAUGGGUCAAUACUAGUAGUUGAAUAACCCAGCGACAAUUUUUUCUCAGUCACUUCUCUUUCCUCUCACAAUGUUACUGGUAACAGCCACUCUCCUCCGCCACCGCCACCGCCACCGUCUCCGUCACUUACGCCACCACAUCAGGCUCAAGUCCACCUCUCCAUCUACUCCACAACAUUACCACCUCCCUCUCAACCACCCUACCUACUUAAUCUGGUCAGCCAACACUUCCCUCGGCAAAACCCUCGUCUCCACCGGCAUCUCCGCCUCCUUCCUCCUCCAACCUCCAUCCCCCGCCUCGCACUCCACAAAACUCCUCUACCUAAAACCAUUACAAACCGGCUUCCCUUCCGAUUCCGACUCUCGCUUCGUCUUCUCCAAGCUCGACUCCCUCUCCCUCCGUCUCCGCGUUCCUCUCUCCGUCUCCAACUCCGUCCUCCGCUCUUCACUCCCCCGCAGCGGAAUCAGAGAGAAUGGAAUGCGCGAUUUGAACUUCUUGGAGGAGAAGGUAGUCACCGGCGCAGCGGCGGAGCUAUCCUGCAAGACGCUGUAUGCCUGGGAGGCGGCUAUCUCCCCGCAUUUAGCAGCGGAGAGGGAAAACGCGCCGGUGGAAGACUCUGACGUGUUGAAGAUGGUGGAGCAGUGUUUGAGGGAGGAGAUGGAGUGUGGAAAUAAAACUAAUCUUCUUUGUUUGGUGGAGACUGCCGGUGGAGUCGCGAGUCCAGGCCCAUCGGGUUCUCUUCAGUGCGACCUCUACAGACCUCUUAGAUUGCCUGGAGUUCUCGUCGGAGACGGCAGGCUCGGUGGUAUCUCCGGGACCAUUGCAGCUUACGAAAGUCUAAAACUUCGAGGAUACGACGUUGCUGCUGUUGUCUUUGAGGAUCACGGCCUUGUUAAUGAAGUUCCAUUAACGUCAUAUCUAAGGAACAAAGUCCCUGUGCUUGUGCUUCCGCCUGUUCCCAAGGACCCUUCAGAUGAUCUAAUAGAAUGGUUUGUGGAAUCGGAUGGCGUGUUUAAGGCUUUGAAAGAGGUAAUGGUGUCAGCUUAUCUGGAGAGAGUGAAGAGAUUAAACGGCAUGGCGAAGCAGGCGGGAGAGGUUUUCUGGUGGCCGUUUACUCAGCAUAAACUUGUGCCUGAAGAAACUGUGACGGUGAUUGACUCUCGCUGUGGUGAAAACUUUUCAGUAUACAAGGCUUCUGGUAACAAUUCUAUUACCCAGCAGUUUGAUGCUUGUGCUAGCUGGUGGACACAGGGGCCAGAUCCUGCUUUCCAGGCUGAGCUGGCUAGAGAAAUGGGUUACACUGCUGCUAGGUUCGGGCAUGUCAUGUUCCCUGAGAAUGUAUAUGAACCUGCCUUGAAAUGUGCUGAGAUUUUGUUAGAUGGAGUGGGAAAAGGCUGGGCUUCUCGAGUGUACUUCUCGGAUAAUGGAUCCACAGCAAUCGAAAUUGCCUUGAAGAUGGCGUUUCGUAAGUUUUGUGUUGAUCAUGAGGCCAUAUUGAAUUUUUCUGAGGGCAGUGAAGAGAAAAAGCAUAUUGUGGUUAAGGUCCUAGCUCUUAGAGGGUCUUACCAUGGGGAUACUUUAGGAGCAAUGGAAGCACAAGCACCAUCACCUUACACAGGCUUCCUCCAGCAGCCGUGGUAUACUGGAAGAGGUCUGUUUCUGGAUCCUCCUACUGUUUUUCUCUCCAAUGGAGCUUGGAACCUCUCCCUCCCUGAAAGUUUUUCUGAAAUAGCCCCAGAAGAAUAUGGAACCUUCAGCACUCGUGAUGAGAUUUUCGACAAGAGUAGAGACACAUCAAUUCUUGCAACAAUCUAUUCGGCCUAUGUAUCAAAACAGCUACAAGAGUAUUCUGGAGUUGCACAAUCCGCCCAUGUUGGAGCACUGAUAAUAGAACCAGUAAUCCAUGGUGCUGGGGGAAUGCACAUGGUUGAUCCGCUCUUCCAACGAGUUCUGGUCAAUGAGUGCCGGAAUAGAAAAAUUCCAGUCAUUUUCGAUGAAGUGUUCACAGGUUUCUGGCGUCUUGGAGUAGAGACUACUGCUGAACUUCUCGGUUGCAAACCGGACAUAGCUUGCUUCGCCAAACUGAUGACUGGUGGAAUGAUUCCUUUAGCUGUCACUCUUGCCACAGAUGCUGUGUUUGAUUCAUUUUCUGGAGAUUCAAAGCUUAAAGCCCUGCUUCAUGGUCACUCAUACUCAGCUCAUGCUAUGGGAUGCGCAACAGCCGCCAAAGCCAUCGAAUGGUUUAAAGAUAUAGAGACUAACCAUAACAUCAUCCCUCAAGGAGGAAUCUUAAGAGAGCUGUGGGAUGAAGAACUGGUGCAAAAAAUAUCAUGUCACUCUGUGGUUCAAAGGGUGGUUGUAUUAGGAACCCUUUUCGCUCUAGAACUUAAAGUAGAUGCUUCCAACUCCGGGUAUGCUUCGUUGUACGCAAAGUCUCUUCUAGAGAUGCUCAGGGAAGAUGGAAUCUUCAUGCGGCCUCUAGGAAACGUUGUAUACCUCAUGUGUGGCCCUUGCACGUCUCCUGAAAUUUGCCGGGAGUUGCUGUCUAAGCUCUACAAAAGGCUUGGAGAAUUCAAUAGAGCAUAGUACUCCACAUUGUUUUGUCGUAUCAAAUGCAUUUUUUUUUUUUGAACUAUGAUUGAGUUGAGGUAUAUCCACCUGAAAAUGAAUAUUCUGAAUUUUGUUUAAUUAUUAUGCAAAACAUGGGAGAGAGUCGAAGAAUAAAUCACGUCGUCACCU